AUGACUCUGUGUCCAGGAUUUGCGGUGGAGGACGCCCUCACCUACCUGGACCAGGUGAAGAUCCGCUUCGGCAGCGACCCCGCCACCUACAAUGGCUUCCUGGAGAUCAUGAAGGAGUUCAAGAGCCAGAGCAUCGACACUCCCGGAGUCAUCAGACGUGUGUCUCAGCUCUUCCAUGAGCACCCGGACCUUAUCGUCGGAUUUAACGCGUUCCUUCCUCUCGGGUACAGGAUAGACAUUCCCAAGAAUGGCAAGAUAAACAUACAGUCACCUCUAACGAGCCAGGAGAACUUGCGUAGCUCCGGCGACUGUGCAGAGGACCUCAAGCCCCAGGCGCCGCUGGGGUCUGAUUCCGUAGAGUUCAACAACGCCAUCAGCUAUGUGAACAAGAUCAAGACCCGCUUCCUGGACCACCCGGAGAUCUACAGAUCCUUCCUAGAGAUCUUGCACACCUACCAGAGGGAGCAGCUGCACGCCAAGGGCCGGCCACUCCGGGGCAUGUCGGAGGAGGAGGUCUUCACGGAGGUGGCCAACCUCUUCCGCGGCCAGGAGGACCUGCUGUCGGAGUUCGGACAGUUCCUGCCCGAGGCCAAGCGCUCACUGGGGGGCUGCACUCCGCUCGCCGCGCUCACCCACAGACUCUCUCCGCAGAAGAAGGUGAAGCUGCGGGGGACCAAGGACCUAUCGCUGGCCGCUGUGGGCAAGUACGGCACGCUGCAGGAGUUCUCCUUCUUUGACAAGGUGCGCCGGGUGCUGAAGAGCCAGGAGGUGUACGAGAACUUCCUGCGCUGUAUUGCACUCUUCAACCAGGAGCUGGUGUCGGGCGCUGAGCUCCUGCAGCUUGUCAGCCCAUUCCUGGGGAAGUUCCCGGAGCUCUUCGCACAGUUCAAGUCCUUCCUGGGGGUGAAGGAGCUGUCGUUCGCGCCGCCGCUAAGCGAGCGCCCCGGGGACGGCAUGAGCCGUGAGAUCGACUAUGCGUCCUGCAAGCGCAUCGGCUCCAGCUACCGGGCGCUGCCCAAGACCUACCAGCAGCCGCGGUGCAGCGGGAGGACGGCCAUCUGCAAGGAGGUGCUGAACGACACCUGGGUCUCCUUCCCCUCCUGGUCGGAAGACUCCACCUUCGUCAGCUCCAAGAAGACGCCGUACGAGGAGCAGCUGCACCGCUGUGAGGAUGAGCGGUUUGAGCUGGAUGUGGUCCUGGAGACCAACCUGGCCACCAUCCGCGUGCUGGAGAGCGUGCAGAAGAAGCUGUCGCGCAUGGCGCCCGAGGACCAGGAGCGCUUCCGGCUGGACGACGCUCUGGGUGGCACAUCUGAGGUGAUCCAGCGGCGCGCCGUCCACCGCAUCUACGGCGACAAGGCCCCUGAGAUCAUCGAAAGCCUCAAGAGGAACCCCGUCGCUGCCGUGCCCGUCGUCCUGAAGAGGCUGAAGGCCAAGGAGGAGGAGUGGCGGGAGGCACAGCAGGGCUUCAACAAGAUCUGGCGCGAGCAGUAUGAGAAGGCCUACCUCAAGUCACUCGACCACCAGGCUGUGAACUUCAAGCAGAACGACACCAAGGCGCUGCGCUCCAAGAGCCUGCUCAACGAGAUCGAGAGUGUGUACGACGAGCACCAGGAGCAGCACUCAGAGGGCCGCAGCGCACCGGCCAGCGAGCCACACCUCAUCUUCGUCUACGAGGACCGGCAGAUCCUGGAGGAUGCAGCGGCGCUCAUCAGGCUGGCUGGGGUACAGCCCGGGGCCUGGGUUCUGUGCCCAGCGAGUAGAGGUUCACCCAGUGUGGCGCCUCCUCCUCCUGCCCUGCCCUGGCCAGGAGACGCCUGCGUAUGCCUGUCCCCACUGCUCUCCCACCGCUCCGGGGCAUCCCGGCACCCGGCCCUGCGGCUCAGCCUGCUGCCCCCACAGGAGGUGGAGCUGGAGGAGUACUACCCGGCCUUCCUGGACAUGGUGCGCAGCCUGCUGGAGGGCAGCAUCGAUCCCACGCAGUACGAGGAUACCCUGCGCGAGAUGUUCACCAUCCACGCCUACAUAGGCUUCACCAUGGACAAGCUGGUGCAGAACAUCGCGCGCCAGCUGCACCACCUGGUGAGCGAUGACGUGUGCCUGAAGGUGGCGGAGCUGUACCUGAGUGAGAAGAAGCGUGGCGCGGCAGGCGGGAACCUGUCCUCUCGCUGCGUGCGCGCCGCCCGAGAGACGAGCUACCAGUGGAAGGCCGAGCGCUGCAUGGCCGACGAGAACUGCUUCAAGGUGAUGUUCCUGCAGCGCAAGGGCCAGGUGAUCAUGACCAUCGAGCUGCUGGACACUGAGGAGGCCCAGACCGAGGACCCUGUGGAAGUGCAGCACCUGGCACGCUACGUGGAGCAGUACGUGGGCACCGAGGGCACGUCCAGCUCGCCCACCGAGGGCUUCCUGCUGAAGCCCGUGUUCCUGCAGAGGAACCUGCGGAAGUUCCGGCGCUGGCAGUGUGAGCAGGUGCGUGCCCUGCGUGGUGAGGCCCAGGGCCCCUGGCGGCGCCUGGUGGGCGUGGAGAGCGCGUGCGACGUGGACUGUCGCUUCAAGCUGAGCACCCACAAGAUGGUGUUCAUCGUCAACUCCGAGGACUACAUGUACCGCCGCGGCACGCUCGGCCGGGUCAAGCAGGUGCAGCCGCUGGUGCUGCUGCGUCACCACCGGCACUUCGGGGAGUGGCACAGCCGCUGGCUGGAGGACAACGUGACGGGGGAGGCGGCCGGCCUGGUGCAGGACUGGCUCAUGGGCGAGGAGGACGAGGACAUGGUGCCCUGCAAGACGCUGUGCGAGACAGCCAUGGUGCAUGGCCUGCCUGUCACCCGCUACCGCGUGCAGUACAGCCGCCGCCCAGCCUCGCCCUGAGUGCCCUGGGCCACGUGGCGAGGGGGGACAGAGGGGAGCGGCUCCCGCCACCAUCCCGGCCUCCUGCCCUGUCUCUUUUGCUGGGGCGCCCAGCAGGGUGGGACUACAGCCAGCCGAGUGGGCGCAAGUCCUUGGCCAGCACCCGAGAUGUCGUGGGGACCCUGCCUCACUGUCGGAGCUGUAGGCCCAGUCACCGAGGGGAGGAGCUCUGCGGGUGAUGUCCUCGCUCCUCCAGUUGCACACAUUUAUUCCUGUCGCACAUCGUGGUCGCAGCUUGAGCAGCAGCCGGGCCACCCAGGCCCCUCACCUUGCUGGGUGCUGGCGCGCGAGUGGGCCUGGCCCUGUCACUGCCGCCCAGAGCCCAGGGUGACCAGCUGGCCCCGUGCGCAGCCCAUUCCUGCCGCAGAGCUGUGCCAAACUGGGUGCCGUGGCUCCCUGGGAGCCAGCGCCUGCCCCGUGUCCCAAGUGCCAGUGGCACCGUGGGCGCCCCACCUGUCCCUGGAAGCAGGUUGGGUGGGGACACGGGUGACGCUGAGCCCCGCAUGCUUCUCAGACGCCUGUUCGUUUUGAGGAUUUCUGUUCUGGCCUUGAUCUUCCCUUGCAGCUGUUUUGAAUGUAGUUUUCCUUUUCUAUUUAUUUGCACAUUAAAGUUAAAACUUAAAUACUGAUGGAGAGAAGAGGCUUCAGGAAUUGUUUCCUAGGAGAAAGCUGCCACCUUCCCUCCGUGUGAGUAUCCCUGGCCCUGUAUUCUGCCCCCUCCAAGGCUGAGGCACUGUACCCUCUGCAGUGUUCCUCUUGGUUCUGCCUUCUGGGAUGGUCCUCCGAGUUCUGUGGUGAUGUGAGAAACUUCACCCAAGCGCUGUGCAUGGAGACUGUCUAGCUGGGCUGUGACACAUCGCCACCACCCCAGUGUCUAGCCUCCCUGGCCGACACAUAGCACUGCUGCUGUGCCCGCUCCAUCCCAGCCCAGCCCUCCGCAGCAGGACAGGAGAGCUGGCAUCCAGGGUGGCGGUGGACCCACCCUCGGGGUUGUGCCCGCAAGAGGCAGUGAGUGUGCAGAGGCCACACUGUGCCCAGGCUGUGGCAGGGGCAACCUCAGC